AACUUUGAACAGUCCUUCGAAAAAAUAAUUCAACGUUCGUUUUGAUCUCAUUUUUUCUGAUGAAUAGGCUAUUGAUAUCAGCAAAAAUGAAAAUAUCAGUAUUUUUCCCAAAUUCAUUUUGCAAUAAAUUACUUCAACAACCGAACAUCACUGAAAACUGUUUAUCAAAAUACAAACUGUUUAUUCAACUAGAAACAAAGCCAGUGAAUAUUUCGUGUACGACUGAAGACUGGAAUCUUAUUUCUUGUACUUUUAAAUUGAAAGUAACAUAAUUUACGAUUGAUUGGUCUUGAGGGAGUGACAUUACUUAUAUUAUUAUUGCCCUUCUUUCUAUUCAAUGAACAAUAUGAGCAUGAGUGAUUAUGAUGUAUUAUUUUUUUUUUAGAAACAUUUUUCCCCUUUCUACAGUUUUUUAUGUGGUCAAGAAAAUGCAAGCGAUUUCCUGCUGCUAAAUGAUGAACACAUCAUUUUGAAUGUGGUCUGAUUUCCCAUAAAAAUUUUCGUCUACCACAUUAUGUUCUAUUUUGUGAUUUACAGAAAACAAAGAUUGAUUGACAAUAUUUCAUUGUUUACAAAAUUAAUGAAAAAAUUAUUGAUGUCUAAUUUAUUGUCGGAAUAUGUCCAUAAAUUUCCAUGUAACCUGUAAAUUGAUUUGUAUAUAUAUACAAAUAUGCUGGUGGCCUUGACUCUUUCGAAACACGUCGCUCUCAAACUAUCCGGCUUUUGAUAUAAACUCUCGUUUGACAAAUUAUGUAAUAAAGUCGUCAUUAUCAGCGGAAUUUGGUCGAUAUUUAUACGACGUUAUUUGAGGUCACUAUUGCCAAAAUUGCAUAACAAAAUUCGAAAAAGUUGAUGGCUUCAUGAAGAUAAAAUCAGGGCCACUUAAAAUUUAACCGUUAAUUUAACCACAUUCAAAUCUACUUUCAUUUUCAAUGGAAGAUAAGAUGGUUCGAUGGUUCAAAUCAGGACACACAAUGUUCCUAAUUGUUACUAUUUCCAAAAAAGUCAACAUACUUUGGAAGGUAUAUUAGAAAAUUUAUCGAAAAUUUCAAAAAGCAAAAGAGUUUGUAGUGCAUUUUGAAAUCAAUUGUUAUUUGGUUCACGUAAUAAUUAGAUUAUCUAUUCCGUUCCGAUACAAAUUCAUAAUUUCAACCGGACUUAAACACCAAACUCACAGGAAUUUUUUUCGCAUUUAAACUUUUAGUAAAUGAAACAUUUUUAUUUUCACCAACAAAAAAAGAUAUUUUAUUGCUUAUUCGAACGAUCAUACUGCUGAACGUAUACGCGUCUUAACCCUCUAAUGCAUUAAUUUUUCCCAGGGUUGGGAGUACUGGUACUUGGUUGAUUUUCGGCCAUAAAUAAUUAAAAAAAUAUUCAUAAUCCUGGAUUCCUCUUGGUUUAGUCAGGAAAUGCGAUUAACAUAAAUCAGAGAACAAUCAAAUCCAUUGUUUAAAAGUGUCAAAAAUGUGUCUAAAUUCGAGUUCGAAUAAUUUAUUUUGUCAAAUUUUUGUUUUUGCACACAUUCUUGUUUAUAACUUUACAAUCACACUACAUAGACAAAUAUUGCUAAGACAAAAAUGAAGAGAAAACAUUGACGAAUAAAAAUUUACUUGAAACAAUGUGAUCCGAUGUACGGUUUACGUUCUACAGGCGUUCAAAUGUUGCCCGUCUAGAGGCGGUUGUAUGCAUUAGAGGGUUAAGUGAUUCCGAUCACGAUGGAAUUAUAUCGUCUAGUGAAAGCAUAUUAUUGUUUCGCACGCGUCCCGUUGUCACAUGGAAUUUAAAUGAGCGCACAAAGCAAUCACAAAAAAGAUGAUCGAAUUGAAUAUCCGUUGAAAAAUAACAACCGGUACCUCAUCAAGUGUUUUAACACUCACACACCUGCUGAAAACAAUCAAUGAAUAUCAAGCAUUUAUUCAAUAUUUUGGCGUUCACCGUUAAAAAUCCAUUUCAUUCCAUGGUGGCGCCAUGUUCAUGAUACUCGCUUUAUAAAUAUAGGUGUUUUGAUUUUGACUGUCUCAUUGUAGAUUUCGUCGUCGUUGUCGCAGUGUGUCAUCACGGUAGCUCAAAAUAUAGUCGAGAUAAUUAAAUUCGAUCAAAUUCGAACAAAACGGUUUACGUUUUCAUUGGUUUUUCAAAAUACAAUUUCAAUCUAGGUCGGCGAUUAGUGUUUUCUCCUAUUUUUUUUUUAAAUCAAAGUGAAAGAAUACCUUAAAUAAAGCCGUUGAACUUUAUUAUUAUUUUCUAAAAAAUGCGUAUACUGCUUGUAUUAAUUGCUUUAGUCUCAAUUAGUUUGGUGUGUGGUGAUGAAAGAGUUGAAAAUGAAACCGAAGGCAAAAUAUCGGAAGAGACUGAAGAAAGUUCAGUGAAAACAAAACGUGGAAUACAUGGAUAUGCAAGUGAUCUUGGUUACCCUCUAUAUAGUCGUGCUUUCACAAGAUAUACUCCAUAUGCCAGAUUUCCCACAGUUUAUAAAACCCCAGUUGCAACUUAUGCACUUACACCCGGAAAUGCAAUCGUUCAUUCAUUUAAUGUCAACUAUCCCAAAGUAUUACUGCCAAAACCUGUGAUCAGACCAGCUGUAGUGUCACCCGUUCUAUAUCAUCCAAAACCUAUUCUACCUUCCGUACCGAUUUAUGCAAAUCGUUAUCCCGUUUUUGUGAACAAGCCAGUUAUUGUCCAGAAACCAAUUAUUCCAACUGUACCACAAUAUUCAACUUCCGCGUUCAUUCCGGCGAUUCCGCCACAUAUUCACACAGUGAAUCCGUUAGCAGUACCAAGUGUUUUGCCUCAGCCGACAUUAGUUUCUCAAGAUGGAUGGAGACCAAUUUUUUCUGCUUUACCAAAUGAUCAACAUACUCACAUUAAUCCACCGGCAGUCACAGUCCUGCCUCCUUCAAACCCGUUGCCGACAACCAGUCAAACGCAAACACCAAACAACUAUUAUUUACCACCAGGUCCAUCCAUUCAACACGAUAGUCCCGGUUUUAGUCAAUCUACAGAACAAUACCAGCAUCAACAGCCACAGAAUGAUCUUCAGGCUCAUUUACAACAUUUGCAGCAAAUUCAAGAAAUCCAACAACAUCAAAAUUUCUUGCGUAGCGAACAAAACGAAGGUUUCGUAACAUCACUAUCUGAACAAGGUUAUGAAACAGCUUCAAACAAUGGACUGUAUUCUGGUCCAUCUUCAUACGAUGUCCAUUUAAAUAGUCGCGGUCGUGUAAACUAAUUCGAGGAUAAAUCUAUGAUUGUGCUACUUUUUUCGUUAUAAAGAAAACUUACAGCCCAAUAGUUUCAAUGUUAUGAAUAAG